AUGAGCUUGUUGAGGGAUGAGGCCUCAACCAUCACUACUCUGGAAUAUCUGCCCAUUGAGCUCUUCCCCUCACAGCUCAUGGGGGCCUUCUAUGGAAGACACAGUCAAACUUUGAAGCCCAUGAGGCACACCUGGCCCUAUGUUCUCCUGCCUCUUGGAGGCCUGAUGCAGAAACCUCAUGUGGGGACCUUACAAGCAGUGCUGGAUGUCCUGCUUGCCCAGAAAGAUUGCCCCAGUGCAGACCACUGCGGAUGCAGCGGCUCUGCUCGGCGCCAGGGCAGGGCCGCCGCCACUUCCACCUCGUCGCCCGGGCGCCAGUGUCCGGGGCCCCCGUGGGCUGCGCGGGGCGAGCAGCGCGUUGGCUCCUGUCACCCGGGCCUGGGCGGGGGCCUCCCCUUCGUGUUGGACGUAAGCGGGGACUGGACCGGCUCUUCCAACGGGGCUGCCUCAGUCUCCAGUCAGGCCCUCAAAAGCCUCAGGAAGAAGCGGCCGCUUUUCCCUUGGUUUGGCGUGGAUAUUGGUGGGACCCUGGUCAAACUUCUUUAUUUAGAACCCAAAGACAUCAUUGCUGAAGAGGAAGAAGUGGAAAGUCCUGAAAGCAUCGGGAAGUACCUGACCUCCAGUGUGGCUUAUGGGUCCACAGGGAUUCGGGACGUUCAUCUGGAGCUGAAGGACCUGACUCCGGCCUUCAGCAAAGGACGCAAAGGCAAUCUGCACUUCAUAUGGUUGCCCACUCCUAACAUACCCGCUUUUAUUCAGAUGGGCGGAGAUAAAAAUGUCUGGAAUCUCCACACGGUCUUUUGA